GCUGUUAUGAGACACGCCCCUUCAGUAUGCAAACCAUGUGGCUUUCAAUGGUAAAUACAAAUCUCUGCUUGAUUUAAAGUGCCAUUUUAUUCCGAUUUUUUUUUUUCGUACACACGUCAAAGUCUGCACAGCCGGAGCAGCCGAGAUGUCCGCGGGCGGUGUGAACCUCCAGGCGCAAGUGGAGUCGGUGCUGGGAGCGCUGGUCAAAGCGGCCACAGUGGAGUUAACGAAACUGUUCGAGAGCAGGUAUGGAGCCUCGGCGCAGGGUCUGGAGUCGGGCCGCACCGAGGACAUAAAGGGAAACGAAACAUUGGAGACACUGGAUAGAUCACCGACUGGAGACACUAAACGCAGCAUCGGAGUGCAAGUGGAUGAAGACAUUUUAGUGCCGUUGCAGCUUUGUGGUCCCCCUCUUAUCUCAGAUGAUCAUUGUUUGCGGGACUGCAGCGAGGAGGUGGAGGUGGUGGAGGGGUGCCCCAUUCCUUCAGGAAUCCUCCUGGCUGAAGUUAAUGGACAAGUUGACCCCGAGUGUUCCUCCCUAAAGGAGCAGAUUGUGUUGGGGAACAUGGAAAUGGAUGAGUUGGAAGCAGAGACAAAAGCUGAUAGCUAUCCUCAAACAGAAGCGGUUGUAAAUGCGUCUUCAGGGACAUCGAUGGAGACAUUAAGACACGGGUCUACUCCUACCAAACAGAAGCCUCUCAUCAUUCAGCCAGAUACGAGUAAUAUCAUUUCUGGGGAGAGGGUGAAAUUUGUUUGCCCGCUAAUCCUCAAACCAGAGUCUCCAGCCCCAAAACCAGACAGCUCAGAGACUCCUGUUCAAUCCGAGCCUCAGCCGGCCCACGUCAGCACCGCCAAGGGCACAGCCUACAGUCCGUCCCCGUCUGACGGGGCUGUGACUCCUGCUAAGGUUUGGGAACGGAUCCACACUCCCAAGGAGACAAAGAGCAACCUCCACCUGAAACUGAAACGGACUUCACCAGACAAAAAGCUGACAAGUCCCUGUGCGGUUCAACUUGUGGACGUGCUGACGGUAUCUAAAUGGAAGACAAAGUCUCAGGCUGAUGUUGUUAAAGGUCCUGAUACUUACCACAAAGCUGACCACCCUCUGCCGAAAGACCUCCGCAGCCACCAGGGUGUGCACACAGGCCAUCGCCUCUGUUGCUUCACCUCGUGUGGAAACGGCGUUUGGCGGCUUCAGAAGGUGGUCACACACUCCCGUGAUGGAUACACGUGCAGCAUCUGUAAGAAGACGUUCAAACGGAGGAAGGUUCUGCGGCGGCACGAGCGCUUUCACAGCGGAGAAAAACCAUACUCCUGUUCAGUGUGCUCAAAGACAUUCGCCCUGAGGAAGAGCCUCCGGCGCCACCAGAGGUUCCAUACGGGGGAGAGGCCGCACACCUGCACGCAGUGCAACAAAAGCUUCCGUCUGCGAGAAAAUCUGAAAACGCAUCUGAGGUUCCACAGCGGAGAGAAGCCUUUCAGCUGCAGCACCUGUGGAAAGAUGUUCAGGAUCAUGAAGAACCAGGAGAAACACGAGUGUGAUGUGGUCUCUGUUCCUCCAUUUGUUCCUUCAUUCAGGACGAUUGCUGGCUUGUAGCUGUGGAAGAAGUGGCUCGUUGAAGUGCUUUCACCAUAUUCUACCUCGGACUUAAAACACUUUAGUAGAAAACUAGAACCAGAGUUACGGUCAGUAUCAUUUGGCCAUUCCACAAAGGUUAUAUAAUAACACACGAGGGGCAUUCAGUGAGACACAGACAUUAUUUUACACACUACUACUUCUACUGAUGGUUGUGGAUUUUAUUUUUUAUUUUGACUUCUUAUGUUUGUGGACAAAUUUAGGGACCAGUACAGUGUGUAGGAUUAUACUUAAACACUUUUUAGCAUUAGACCGUCUAAGAAACAAAGAAUUUAUUUUUAAAGAAUCCCUUGCACCUGGCAUGGUUAACCAGGUGUACUCCUUACAUGCUGAUGUUCUCCAGCUUAUUGUAAGUGAUUUGAAGGGCAUCCGUUCAAUUUCUUGCUUUCAUAAAUAAAGGUAGAAGACAUUUCUGGAGAUUUUUGAGAAAAAAGACCCUCAACUACAAACCGUUCCUGUUUCAAAGCUAUAUUUAAAGUACUUCCACUGAUGUGUGUUUUGAUCUUUAUGUUUUUAUAUAAAGCCUUUUUUUCACUUUACAUAUAGCUGUCUUUAAAAAAGCUUUUUAUACUUGUGAUGUACUGACUUUCUUUUAUUCACCUUGUUUUCUAAGACUAUCCAUGCUGACUUUAUAAGAAAAUCUGAGUUUAAUGUUAAGUAUUCCUACUGUAAUUCCUACUGUAAAACAUAUUGUGAUGUCUUAAUCUUUUCAAAUACUAUCUUUAAGUGUUUUAUACUUUUCAAUAAAGAUAUUCUACAUUUACAA